AUGAUUACCACGGCAACUGAUGGAUACAUCUUAAGUGUCGUAGGACCAUUCUUAGCCGAUGGUAAAAACAAUGAUGCUUCAAUCGCCAAAAAUAUAUUUAUUAACAACGAACAAGAUAUAUUAAAUUGGCUACAUGAAGAUGAUAUUAUCGUUGUAGAUCGCGGUUUUCGGGAUUCCAUCAAUACAAUUGAAAGAUUUGGUUUUAAUGUUGAAAUGCCUGAUUUUCUGAAAGGAAAGAAGCAAUUGUCUUGUAAAGAAGUCAAUCACUCACGAUGUGUUACCAAAGUGAGAUGGAUAUUAGAAAGUGGUAUGCUUACUAACGAAGUAUUUUCAGCUUUGAUAUUUCAUUUCAACAAUCUUGUAACUAGUUAA